GAACGUGAGGAACCUCUCAUCUGGAACGCCCUUUCUCCAAGACACCUUCGAUUCUGGAGCGAGUUCCAUGUUCUUUGCGACACCCAACGGGUUAAUAAUGAACCCAUGGGGGAUAGCCGAGGGUGGCCCAGGGGUAGAGGCACCAGCAAUAGCGUCGGCGCCUUCGUCAGCAGCUGCUUGCUCCUCUUCUUCUUCUUCCCAGCAGAGCGUCGUCGUCGUUCCAGACUACGAGUCCCUGGAAGCAUCCUUCCAGACCAGCGGGUUCCUCCUGGAAGAUAGCGGGAACAUCGACGCCCUCUGCCACACGUACCUCGGGGGUAGCCACAGACCGGCCGAGGACCUACAGGAACUGGGGAAUCAUCACCAGCAAAUGGCGACAGCAAACUGGAAACUGAAGGAUUCGCAACCCAAGAAUACGGACACGAUGAGAAGGAAAAAAAAGAAUGAAGGUGACACAGAUCAGGAGAAGAACACAAAUUCUGGCAACACAAAAGUCAAAGCACCAACCAGGAGAGGAGAGCGCGGCCCCAAGUCAUGGGAAUUUUUGAUACGUCUCCUGGCCCACGAGAAGUGUAAUCCCACCCUAAUUCGGUGGGAGGACAGCGAAGAGGCAACCUUCCUGCUGGUCCAGCCGACUAUCAUUGCCCAAAUGUGGGGGGCCAGAUGCGAAAACCCAAAUUUGUCUUACAAUAACUUCGCCCGAGCACUCAGAUAUCACUACAACAGCGGUGCCCUGGAAGCAGUGUCCGAAAGACAGUUCAUGUACAAGUGUGGUCCCCGUGCCCUAGAGUACUACAGACUCCUGAAGGAGGAGAAGGAGUCCUGUGGAAGAGCUGAAUACCUCCACGAAGAACAGUGAUGGAGAGUUGUUCCAUAAACUUGCUCCAGACUUUCCUUGUCUGCGAGUGCAUUCUUAUUACAGGGUAAAACUUCAAGUCAAUAUUUUUCCUUCUCUAGCCAAUCCGUGUAGAGGUAAUGACUUUACAGUUAAAAAGAUGUAUAAGCAAGUGUAAAGACACCACCCACUUGCGAACAUUAACUUAUAAACAUUCAUAGACACAAACAAAUGAAAUCAAAACUAUGUUCAGAGCACUCCCCUUGGCCAGUCAUGAGUUCGAAUUCUGUUCUGCGUGCCUCUACUCUGUGCUGUAUUUGUGAGACUAAAUUCUCACUUCAGAAGUUUAUUGCUCAAGAAAGAAACCAGAUUUGUAACAUCAGCAAGCUUCGCAUUCUGCUAGUAGUAAAAGAAAGAAAAAUUUGUAUUUUUUCUUCACAAUAAAUAGAUGUUUUGGCCCUUCUUUAUGGUAAAACGGUAAGUCACGGAAACUUCGUCGAUUUGUUUACGUAAAAUCAGAAACUGUACUACAGACGGGAAGCUUUUGAUCGUGUUUACAGCAAGAACCAAAACUCUGUCAUUUUUACAAUGGUAAAGAUAUUGUAU